AUGUUUCAAGUAACGUUAUGUAUUUUGAAACCAGAUAUUGUUCGAUCACCUCAUCUAUUUAAUGAAAUAAUUAACUUGAUACUUCAACGUCAAUUUAUUUUUAUUAAAAGUAAACAUUUACAAUUAAAUCGUCAACGAGCUGAAGAAUUUUAUCGAGAACAUCAAGAAAAAUUUUUCUAUAGUCGUCUAGUUCAUUAUAUGAGUUGUGGUCCAAUAUCAUGUCAUAUACUUGGAAGAGAAAAUGCAAUACAAGAAUGGAGAUCAAUGCUUGGUCCAACAAAAGUAUACAAAACAAUAUUUGAAGCAGCAAAUACAAUAAGAGGUCAACAUGGUAUAACUGAUACAAGAAAUUGUGCUCAUGGAUCAGAUUCAAUUGAAAAAGCUCAACGUGAAAUAAAUUUUUUCUUUCCUGAAUUUGACAUGAAAUCAAUAUCAAUAUAUGAAAAUAUUUCAGCAAACAAAUUCAUAUUUAACAAAGACACUCUAGAACAUCAAUUAUAG